CUCAACCCUUUGGAAAUAAAAAAGGUAACAUCUUUAGCCAAUCGCCACCCAUUCAUUUAUUCCGUGACCUUUUCCUUUUCAGUUUAAAGCAUAGUUUUUAUUUUGAAACUACUAUUCCAAUUUGUUUGCUCUCAACUUCCAUUUCUUCUUCUUCGUCGUCAUCAUCAGUUUUUUUGACGCAUUUUCACUUAGGCAUUCAGCUGAAUGAAUCACCAAUCAGUAGCCUUUAAGAACACCCAAUUCCCUUUCCCUCCCCACCUUCACUAUUCCACCCCUAUCCCUUCUCGCCUCCUCUUUCCCUUUUCCCUCCAUCCUAACAAGACCAUCACCAAAUCUCCCUACUCUGCCUUCUCUUGCCGGGGUUUCCAUACCCCACUUCUCAAUCACCCCUCUUGCUCUUUCCACUCUUCCAACGCUACCAAACCCGCCGCCGUCAAAACCGUCGAUGUCGCCACUCUCGGCAACCUCUGCGUCGAUAUUGUCCUCAAUGUUCCUAAAUUACCCCCUCCUUCCCCAGAUUCUCGCAAGGCCUUCAUGGAGCAGUUAUCCUCCUCUCCUCCCGAUAAGCAAUACUGGGAAGCUGGUGGAAACUGUAAUAUGGCUAUAGCAGCUGCAAGGCUGGGACUUAAGUGUGUUGCAAUAGGUCACGUUGGUAAUGAAAUUUAUGGGAAGUUUCUUGAAGAUGUGCUUCAAGCUGAAGGAAUUGGUAUGGUUGGAAUGAGUGAAGAAACUGAUGUUCUCAACGCCCCUAGUUCUUCUUAUGAAACCCUCUUAUGCUGGGUGCUUGUUGACCCUUUGCAAAAACAUGGCUUUUGCAGUCGGGCGGAUUUUAGUAAGGAACCUGCUUUUAGCUGGAUGAAUACACUUUCUGAAGAAGUAAAGAGGGCAAUUAAACGCUCGAGAAUCCUGUUUUGUAAUGGUUAUGACUUUGAUGAGCUUUCCCCUCAUAUGAUAAUCUCAGCUGUGGAGUAUGCAGUCGAAGUUGGCACAUCGGUGUUUUUCGAUCCAGGGCCGCGUGGGAAGAGUCUUUUAAGUGGAACUGCGGAAGAGCAAAAAGCACUUAAGCAUUUCUUGAGGAUGAGUGAUGUCCUCCUUCUAACAUCUGACGAGGCUGAAUCUUUAACUGGCCUAGUGGACCCGAUUCUUGCAGGGCAGGAGUUGCUGAGGAAAGGAAACCGCACGAAAUGGGUGGUUGUGAAGAUGGGCCCUAAGGGUUCAAUUCUGAUAACCAAGUCCGGUAUUACUUGUGCAUCUGCAUUUAAGGUGAAAAUCAUGGACACUGUCGGGUGUGGAGAUAGCUUUGUUGCUGCCAUUGCAUAUGGUUUUAUACAUAAUAUUCCAUUGGUUACUACGUUAGCAUUUGCAAAUGCCGUGGGUGCUGCUACCGCCAUGGGUUGUGGUGCUGGUAGGAAUGUAGCUACAUUGAAGCAAGUGGUGGAAUUGAUGGAAACACCCGACCUCAAUGAGGAUGAUAAGUUCUGGAAUGAGCUACUGAGGGAACAUUUGGACUCACAAGAGGUCACAUUUCUGUCAAAAAUGGUUCUAAAUGGAAGCAAUGGCAGGAUGAAGCAUGUUACAAUGCAAAAGGUGGUUUCUGAGUUGCUGCCUAAGCUUAAAUCAAGUCAAUUAGAGGGCACACUGUCAUCUUGAUGGGAUAUUAAAGGAAAUUAGAUUCACAGCAAACAAUACAAGUUUCAAAGGACGUCCUUGUAUGAAAUCAGUCUGGGUUUGAUUUGUUUGGCAAUAUCACAGCAAGUUCUUGACCGGGUUCUGAAUGAAGUAGUUCCUGGGAAGAUAUCAAGUGAGAAAUAAAGACAGUGCUUCAUAUGCUGUUUUUUGAGCAUUUUUUGCCACAAUUCAUGGGUUUGUGCAUUGUGCUAGGGUAAGAUCAGCUUUUGCAUACCAAUGCAAAGAUGUUCUGUUUAUGUUUAUUUAUUUGUUAAAACUGUGUGAUUUUGCAGAAUCAAAUUUAUGAAAGUUGUGAUUUUUGCUAAUAAAA